ACCCUAAAGAUAAGAUCGGCCCGUAUCAUUUCUUGUCCAAGAACAGUUUGGCUUUGAAUGGGUGCCGAGACGAUCCGCCGUUUUUUCCGGCGUCUCGUGCACUCCCUGUCGGGUAGCCUUGGCCGCUUUCUUACCCGUUCUUUGUCUCUUCCCUCUGCACGCCUUUUUCUCACUUCCAGCUUGACUUGCUUUUCGUCUCUCUCCUCUCCACCUCUUUCUCUCGUUGUCUAUUGAUCAAAAUGUUUUCCCUAAGGACAGCGCAGUCCGCGCAAACUUUCCUCCGUCGCUCUGCGGUGACAGCUCCCAUUGUCCGCUCCACCGUCCCAGCAAGAUCUUUUGCUAGUGUUCAGUCGGACAUCUUCAAGCCGACCAAGUAUGGCGGAAAAUACACUGUUACGCUUAUUCCAGGUGACGGAAUUGGGGCUGAAGUCGCCGAAUCGGUCAAGACUAUCUUCAAGGCCGACAAUGUACCCAUUGAGUGGGAGCAGGUAGAUGUCAGUGGCGUGGAUACAGGUAACAAGCACUCGGAGCAACUCUUUAAGGAAUCCAUCGCUUCGCUCCGCCGCAACAAGCUGGGUCUCAAGGGUAUCCUCUUCACCCCCGUUGAGCGCUCGGGCCACCAAUCUUUCAACGUUGCUCUGCGGCAAGAGCUUGAUAUUUUUGCGUCGAUUGUUUUGAUCAAAAACAUUCCGGGCUACAAGACACGCCACGAAAAUGUUGACCUUUGUAUCAUCCGUGAGAACACCGAGGGAGAAUACUCGGGCCUUGAACACCAGUCUGUCCAAGGCGUUGUUGAGUCACUCAAAAUCAUCACUCGUGCCAAGUCUGAACGUAUUUCCAAGUUUGCUUUCGGCUUUGCCCUUGCAAAUAAUAGGAAGAAGGUCACCUGUAUUCACAAGGCGAACAUUAUGAAACUGGCCGACGGUCUGUUCCGUAGCACUUUCCACAAGGUUGCCGAGAACUACCCCACUCUGGAAGUCAACGAUAUGAUUGUCGACAAUGCAUCUAUGCAAGCCGUGUCCCGGCCCCAGCAGUUUGACGUCAUGGUCAUGCCCAAUUUGUAUGGUGGUAUCCUUUCCAAUGUCGGUGCCGCCCUUGUUGGUGGACCGGGCGUUGUCCCUGGCUGCAACAUGGGUCGUGAUGUCGCCGUGUUUGAACCCGGCUGUCGCCAUGUUGGGCUUGAUAUCAAGGGCAAGGAUCAGGCGAACCCUAGUGCUAUGAUCCUCUCUGGAUCUAUGCUUCUGCGUCAUCUCGGCUUGGACGACCACGCGAAUAGAAUUUCCAAAGCUGUGUACGAUGUCAUCGGUGAAGGUAAAACGAGGACCCGUGACAUGGGUGGACAGGCUACCACCCAUGAGUUCACCAGGGCUGUCCUGGACAAGAUGGAGGUUGCUCUGUAAUUGAGAAUCUCUGUGCCCGACUAAAUCGCUAUUCUCAUGAUAAUGAAAGCUUGUAGUAGGUCGCUCAGUGAAUGCCGUGCUGGCUACGUGGACUUGUCUCUUUACUGUGUAUUGUGUUCACACUGAAGCAACAUCGACGGUGGCCUACUCAUAACUGAGGUUCUAGACAAUCUUGUGGAGCUAGGGCGUGUAAAAUUAUAUGCUAUGAUCCUGAAAAUAGAAAAGUCGUUUCAAUCAUUCACCAGCAGAAUAUAUCCGCCUGAUAUUCGUCACGUUGCAAUGGCACGCCGUCCAGGUAGAGAUGUGGUUCAAAGGCCCAGAU